CAAGAAAAAAAGAAACAGAAUGUUACUACCACAAAUAGUAACGAUAAAUUUAAUAAAUCAAACUCUAAAGAGAAUAUGGAGACCACUGGAUCCGCUAUCAAUGAUAACUCUUUAACAUUGCCUUCAGAUUGUCCACCUGACGUGGAACAACUUGGACGAUCUACUUGGACAUUUUUGCAUACAAUGGCAGCCUAUUACCCUGAAGUCCCAUCUUACAUACAACAGCGUUCAAUGAAAACAUUUUUAAUCACAUUUUCGCAAUUUUAUCCAUGUGAUCCUUGUGCUGAACAUUUAAGAGAAGAAAUGAAAUCAAAACCUCCGAAAGUUCAAAGUCGUUGGGCAUUAGGAAAAUGGUUAUGUGAAAUGCAUAAUAUAGUGAACGAAAGAUUAGGUAAAGAUAUUUUUGAUUGUAAUAAAAUUGAUGAAAGAUGGAAAGAUGGACCAAAAGAUGGUCGGUGUGAUUAA